AAUAACUAUCAAUAUUUCGUUAGAGGCCCGGUUCACAUCGAGGAGCUGUCUAUGUCUCACGAGAGACGUUGAUCAAUCACGCCAUCCUGGUAUGGCUGUCGUAGAAGAUGUCUGAAACUACUUUCUUGUUCGAGGUGUCUAUCACUAUCAUUUGGGAUAAACGUUACAACCCAGGUCCGCUAUGGCUUCAGUAUUCGGCCGAAUACCUAUAACGCGGGCCUAAUUAGUAUUCAAGUGUCUACUAGUCGGUCGAUGUCCCAAAGUAGAGGCAUUCCGCAGGCGGUGACCGAGGAUAACCGACUACGGAGGGUGGAUUGCUACACCCCACGGCCGCCUGCUUGUUGGUAACGCUUUUCCGCGAUCCGCCAUCCGAGUUCCGACGGAUGAUGCAUGAGGCUCUUGAUGGAACGCCGAGGGCUGCUCGGGCCUAGACAUUUAAAGCGACUAAUCUCACGACCGCAUGUCCUUUCCGAGUUGACUAUCGUAGUUUCUUUUUAAGAUAUAGGAGUUGAUCGUUGAUCAUACAACACCGAUCUCGCUCUCACAAUGCCGGGCCGUACUCAGCCUUCGUCAGGAUAUACGGACUCGUCGAUCGAAUACGAAUUAUUCCAGACAUAUUCGGUAUCCACAAAUGGCUUCCUCCCCGCCAAAGAACCCUUAAGGCGGCUAUCAAGCUCAUACUACGCGCCGUGGGAGUCCACUGUAGAAGAUUUGCCGUCGUUAUUAAGGGAGGGGACGCUCCGGAAAGCCGUCGAUGACUUGGAGACGCUUUCGACAAGCAAGCUGCGCUCAGAGGAAGAAUGGCGUCGGGCAUACGUAGUGCUGUCGUUCUUAGCUCACGGGUAUAUUUGGGGGGGCGAGAAGCCAUCAGAGGUUCUUCCCCGGGCUGUAUCAGUGCCGUUUCUUCAAGUUUCAAAACACCUCGAGCUCCCGCCGGUUGCGACUUAUGCCGGACUCAACUUGUGGAACUUCAAAAGCACCGGAUCUGACUUCCGAGACCUGGACAAGCUAGAGGCACUACACACGUUCACCGGCACGGUGGACGAGUCGUGGUUCUAUGUUGUUUCGGUGGCUAUGGAGGCAGAGGGUGGGACCAUUAUUCCUGUCCUGUUCCGGGCCCUGGAAGCUGCGCGAAAUCGCGACUACUCGACAGUGAUAAAGGCGUUGGGUGAGGCGACGGCCUGUAUCGGGAAGCUAGGCCAGCUUCUUGACCGCAUGGACGAGAAGUGCGACCCGACAGUAUUCUAUCACCAGAUCCGCCCCUUCCUAGCGGGCAGUAAGAAUAUGGGGGUGGCUGGCCUUCCUAACGGGGUCCUAUACCAAGACAAAGAGGGCAGGACGAGCUGGAAGCAGCUGAGGGGCGGUAGUAAUGGGCAAAGCUCACUCAUCCAAUUUUUGGACGUCGCCCUGGGGGUCGAGCAUACGUCGACUGGUGGUGGUUCGCGGAUUGGUGCCGUGAUGCCCCAGGGAGGGAGAGGAGCAACGCCAGGCUUUCACGAGGAGGUCCGAUCCUACAUGCCGGCACCCCACAGAGAGUUUCUGCAGCACGUAUCGCGCAUGGGCAGCCUUAAAGAGCUUGCGAAUGAGCCGGCUGUAUCGGAGGAACAGAGACAGCUGCAGGUGGCGUUCCAAGUCGUCACUAAAGCCCUUGGCGACUUUCGAAACAGGCACAUGCGCAUUGUCUCGAGAUACAUCGUCGUGCCAUCGAGAAAGCAGACCCGAAACUCGACAGUCAACCUCGCCACCGCAUCAUCGCGAGGUAGCAAACCACCCGGAGAGGAGCUGACUGGGACGGGAGGGACAGCGCUGAUCCCGUUCCUCAAGCGGACGCGCGACGAAACAUACUUGGCGGGCGUCUUGGCACCGGAUAUGCAAAGUGAAGUCCGUAUAUAAGCGCGUCUGUGCGGGAUUCAGGUGAUCUAGUACGGGUUGUCGACAGGUCUAGAACUGGUGGAGCUUGGGAUAGACGGGCAGGUACAUGUGGAGGUACUGAAGAAGACCCCUUCGGCUUGUUGUAAUUAUUGGUCCCGAGAUGGAAAGCGUUCAAAGAAAGAGCUCAUGAAGUUCGUGUAAUCCUCGCCGAUGGAUAGAUAUCUGUGCUAUGGUGAAGUUCUAAGCCGGUGACAAGCCGAGCCUAUCUUGACGACGCCACUUACAGUGGUGAUUACCCCAGCUGCUUAGUUGCGUAGCACGUGACUUGGCACUUAUCGGGGCAUGCAUAUGUGUACAGUGGGUAUUUAUCGCCGUCAAAAAAUCUAUUGCAUGGUAUCCAUUAGAUAGAUC